UGCUGCGGCCUGGGGGAGGCGGGAGGGGGCGGCCCGGAGCCCGGUGCGGGUGCGGCCCGCGGCCCCUCCCGUCGCCAUGGCGGCGCCUUAAACAGGCAGCGGCGGCCGCCCCCCCCGCCUCAGAGCGCGGCGCCGGGAGCCCCAUGGCCGGGAGCACUGAGAUGGCAUCCCUGGAGGAGAGCUUCCGCAAAUUCGCUAUCUAUGGCGACACCAAGGCUACGGGGCAAGAAAUGAAUGGGAAGAACUGGGCCAAGCUGUGCAAAGACUGCAAAGUCACUGAUGGCAAAAGUGUCACCAGCACCGACGUGGACAUUGUCUUCUCCAAGGUGAAAGGGAAGACAGCCCGUGUCAUCAACUACGAGGAGUUCAAAAAGGCUCUGGAGGAGCUGGCCCCCAAGAGGUUUAAGGAUAAGAGCAAAGAGGAGGCAUAUGAGGCCAUCUGCCAGCUGGUGGCAGGGAAGGAGCCCAUUAACGUGGGUGUCACGAAAGCCAAGACAGUGGGGGCCGUGGAGAGGCUGACGGACACCUCCAAGUACACGGGAUCCCACAAGGAGCGCUUUGAUGAGAGCGGCAAGGGCAAGGGCAAGAGUGGGCGGGAGAACAUCGUGGACAACAGCGGCUACGUCAGUGCCUACAAGAAUGCGGGCACCUACGAUGCUAAAGUGAAAAAGUAGGGACAGGUGCCCAUGGCACCCACCGCCCCGGUCCCUGCGCGUCGGCCGUGAGGCCGGUGCUUGCAUCAGCCUUGGGACGUGCCCGUAUGACAUGGGACCCGGGGGGCUGCACUGGGGCCAGCCCCAGGCUGGCGGGAUGUCGGCCGCCCAGCGCUGAUGUGAUUGGGAAGUCACUGGGCUGUGUGCUCUGCCCCGGCACUACGUCUGUCCCUGCCCUGUGCUGUGACACCCCAGCCCCUCCUGUGCCCCAUGUGUUGUCACCCCCGGCCCCCCACCACUGGUAGCACCCACCAUACUAACAGCACUGCUUCUCAGGGCUCCUCUGCCCCACUGGCACCCAGACCUUCCCUACCUCAGCCCUAGCUUUCGGGGCACCCUCCCUAACAGUCCCACCGGGAACAGCGAGCCUGUCUUCCCUGCAGACCUCCCGGGGACCCACUUUAACCCUGCACCAGUUACACCACAGCCACCUUCUGCCUUCCCCACGGGUGCCCUCGCCAUGGGGCUGCCCAGCUUUGCCGCUUGCCCAGCACCGCCGGAGGCUCACACCCUGUGGUGUUGCCGGGAUGCUCCCAGCCCAGCCUCGGGAUGCACCCUGGGAGAGCUCAGUGUUGCCUGGCUGUCAGCAAAGGUCUCUGACCUGAACCCCCGCGGCCCCCCGCUGCCUUCGCGAAGCCCAAACCAAAGGCUGCUGCAGACCCGCGCUGUAACCUGGCUCUGCAAUAAAACCCUGUCCGCACUGAC